GAACGGACUACGUCAACGACUAUUGCCAUGUAGGAUUUGGGAAAAAAAAUUGGUAACAAUAUCAUGAUAAUCAGUGUUUUCCAUUUAUAAAUUCGAGGAGAAUAGGAUUGCAAGGAAUCGUAUCGUCGUUUUUGAACAGGGUUUUUGGUCUCAGUGGACGUUACGUAAACCCUCCAUGCUGUGGACUAGUUUCGAAUAACAUACAAAACUGAUCAUUCAGAUGAAAAAGAUGAUGAUGAGACUCUCUUCUAUCUCAAACACUGCUAAUUUUAAUUACUUGCCAAACUCUUCUUCUUCUUUCCCCAAGUACAAUCAUCAUAAUAAUUUUUCUCCCACCAAACUUGUUUUUUCUGCAAAAUCGAUCCCCGGGGGCUGUCGGAGUUUCUCUAUGGCUGGCGUUUCUGCUGCUUACUCAAACAACGGAAAUGGGACUCAUGAUUCUGAUUACAAGGGAGGUGUAUCAUUCCUUAGAAGUGUACUGGGAAGUAUGGAGGCUGUUUAUCUGAAUAGGAACCCCACUGCCAAAGCCAUUUUGGAGCUUGUUCAUUCAACUGACAAUGAUCAUAUAUGCUAUGAUCAUAUUGCUUUUCGGACAUUUGGGGUAAACGGUCAUGGAAUCGAUGCUUUGGCUAAAUUUUUCCUAGACUUCGGUUAUUCUCAAAGAGAUGAAUUAUGCUUUCCAGCAAAAAAGUUAAAAGCUUUCUGGUUUUCUCCGCCUAGUCUUCCAAUUCCUGAAGGCGGGAGUGGUAUUAAUGGUCCCUUGCCCAGAGUAUUUAUAUCAGAACUUCUUGUGGAUCAAAUGAGUUCACAAGCUCAGGAUAUAAUUAGAAAGUAUACCAACAUAUCAGAUAGGGCUUGUAAUCACGCAGCACUUGCGAGUGCACUCGGAUCCUUAACAUGGGAGAAGCCAUUGCAUUCUGAAUUCCAGAGAUUGGCUAGAGAGAGCGAAUAUGCUGCUUGGACUCUAGUUAAUGGAUAUGCAUUAAAUCAUGUCACAAUAUCUGUUCACCGUCUAACAUCACAGUUAAAGAAUAUCGAAAGCUUCAAUCGAUUCAUCGAGGAAAAUAGUUUCAAGUUGAACUCUGAAGGGGGAGUUCUGAAAGUAAGCCCUGAUGGUCUUCUGCUACAAAGUUCAACUGUGGCAGACUCAUUCUCGUUUGAGUUCUCUGAUGGUGUCACAGAUUCAGUACCUUGCUCCUACAUAGAAUUUGCUGAACGCACUGUUUUGCCACAAUACAAAGAUAUGCCUGAAAAAGAGAUCAAGGAGUAUCACAGGCGUGAGGGAUUCGAAGUUGGUAAUGCUGACAAGAUUUUCGAGAGCACAUCUAUGGAUCAAUUAACAAGGAGAACUGGAUGAGGGAUAGAAGCAUCAGCUUCUGCAUUCCAUCAUAUUCGACUUUUCAAGGAUGUAUAUCCAUGAAGUGCUUUCUGUGCUGGUGAAUUAAUAUGCCUUGAACCAGAGGGCUGUGUGCGCCUAGUUGUUUCUUGUCAUUACAGUGUUUCUCUAUCUAUGAGCAUUUGGUGUAAACAGUUGAAUAUAUGUCUCAGUUUUUAAUCAGAAUGGUUACAAAGACUA